AAAUCCCAAACCUACCGCGACAGGGUAAAGAUCGGCAACGUCAGCGCGACCGCCAGGAAUCACUUCUUUCUCCUCACCACUCACGCUCAUACCACAAGACGCAAGUACAUGCCCGAACCUGCACUGACAUGGUAACAUGGCUACUCGUGCCAGCCUCGGACCCUGGCGUUGGUGCUGUUUACACCGAACCCAGAAACCCCCAAGUAGCCAAUCCCCAGCCGUCCCACGAAAGGCUGCCCCGAUUUCCCCCAAUCCCCGUACGAUCCAAGAUCCCUCUGGAGGGGAGGAGACAUUCUCCGACCUUGAGGAGGGGGGUAACGACUCCACAUCCGGUUCCACGGGGGUGGACAAUGGGGGCCCGAGGGGAGGACACAAAGAACGGUUGGUGACAUGUCGUCAGGCCCGGCCAAGACGCCGUCAUGGAACGCGCGGGGCCGCUUGUAGCCAAUACGGCGACGGGAAGGGUAAGAAUUUUGCGGGUUUGUACAUUACAAGACGUUGCAAUACGGUGGCUUCACCGCUCUGAGACGCGAACACUCGUGGAGUUUCCGUCCUAUCGCGCGGCAGAAUUCGGAGAGACACCGACGCGAGAAUGGUACCUUUGCCUUCUCGCCCGUGCUUGACCAGAGGGUAAGGCAGCACUAUUGCGAAAGCGGAGCAACAAGUACCCAGAAGAGCCGCAAUUGUGUCCAUAAUCGUACAUUGUCGGUGGAGUUUAGAUGGAGAAGUACUGGA